AUGGUUUCAGAAAAGAAGCAGGACCACCUUAGUCGGACGCCCCCUAUGUUUUGGGCUCCUGAAGCUGUCAUUAUUGUGACUCGUCCAGGGCGGACUAAGCCAAUAACGCAAACCUCCGACGCCUCCAGGCUCGAUCAGUCCACAGCUCGGUUAUUCUUAGCACCUCGCAAGCAAAAAGAUUUUGCCAUGCAAAUAGUGCAGCCAUCUAGGCUACUACCAACCGCUUCGGACUUAGCAAGUGCAUCGAUGCCAAGAUUUAUCGAUCGAGCACAACCUGCGACGUGCCCCAAGAAAAACGGUCUGCUCCGGACCAUUACCAAUCCUACCAAUCCGUCUUUACAUCUGCUCUUCUCGUCCGAGAUUUAUGGUAUUCAAAGUUUAAUAUCCAUCCGGAGAACAAUCGAUCAAAAUGAUCCGGCGUACUCCGUAAAUCCAUGUCCCCUACCGGAACUGCGGACUUCCCACGACCCGGGGCUGAAGCCUCAAAGGAGGGUCUCCGUCCCAAACGUCAUGCAGCAUACAGAUCAACCUUUUGUUUUCCCAAAGCAGGCCAUGCAAGUAAUAUAA